AGUAGACCACCGUCGAGGGAAGAACGUCGUGAAGAGCGCAAGGAAUAUCUCAAUAAUAUCAUUGAUACUAAUGAUAAAUUGAGGGAAAAGUUGAUUGAGGCCCAAGAAGAGCUCAAGCAACAGCUGAUUUCUGGAAUUGCGCAGACGCAAAGUAUGCGCGAUAUGGCAGCUGCGACAGCAAGUCUAAUGUCAGCUUGGCGCGGUGGUCCGUGGCGCGGUACUUAUCCACCAAUAAGUGCCAAUGGUGUCGUGCAUCGGAAUAGCAACAACUCGUCCCCGACUAAAAAUCAUAAAAUCGUUGCCAAUCAUGUGGUCGAUGGACAUGUGAGCAGGGCCACAGAAGAGCUGGUUUCUUGGUUGCGCUCAUUGGAUGUCGAUGACACUUCGAUACGCUUGAUAGUGGCGGAACAGUACACUAAACAAGACAUAUUCGAGUUUGUCACUAGAAAAGAGCUCCUGAACUUGGGCGUGACAGGUGGAGCCAGUUGCCGAAUUUGGCGUGUUGUCAGUGAAGCACGCGAACGCGCACGCCGCGCGCCAGUCUUCCUCUCGCCGAUGCGAAGCCGCGACGAUUCGCUGGACGAUUAUCACUCGUCCAUAGCCGAUGAAAUGUAUACCGUUGCUGAAUUAUCAUAA